AUGAUUACAGAUGUGCAGCUUACCAUCUUUGCCAAUAUGCUAGACAUGUUGCUCUUCCUGCUCGUUGUUCUCCGUCACUUCAUGGCCAUGAACAGAUCCAAGACACAGGAAUAAAAGUG